AUGGCAACUUGUGGGUGCGAAGAUGUCAGACGCGCGUGGCUGGACAGAGCCAUCCUGCAGAUUGUAGAGGGAAUGGGCUUGUCAAGGCAGCAGAUGGAGGAAGUGGAGUCGACAUUGGAGGGCAUUUCUUCAUCUGGAAAGGAGGCCGUGCUGCAUGUGGUGUGGGCUGCAGCUGGAGCUCUCAACAUGGACAAAGCAAAGGCUUCACCUGCGGCUGCCGGGAAAGCCGAUGCAUCAGGAGAAGCGGCUGAGACAGGUGAUGCGACGGAUGAAGGAUCAGCAGAGGAAUCAACAACGAUUUCACCUGCCGCAGCGAGUGACAUCAUCCGCAUGUCUGCAGCCUUGGGCCUGGAUACAGAGCAAGCCAAGCAGCUUAACGCCACACUACAAUUGAUUGACCCUGAGCACUACGACGACGUCUUGGAUGUUCUGACAGCGAUUCAUAAAUCCGCCUCGACAACAACAACGAGCACAGCAGUCUCCGAUGAGGAAAUCGAGCAGGCAGCAUACGGCUUAGGCAUCAAGGAAGAGGAUAUAGCCCAGAUCCAUGCCACCCUCAGCAACAUCAAGCCGGAACUGAACCAUGAGAUCCUUCAUACGGUCGAAGACCUCAAGGUGCAUGUCCCACAGAGCUUAGCAGAGCUUCCAGUGUGGACAUUGAACAUGGAGAGUGUAGACCUUGACAUGCUUUGCGCUUUGACUGAGGCAAGCACUAAACAGAUUGGCGCCACUGGGUUGCAAAAGACGAAAAUCCGGAAAGACAAUGGACAGAUCGCUUUGUCUAAUGGGAGCAUACACUUAAAUGCAUGUGGCUUGCAUGGGGGGAAACACGCUGGGACUUGGCGUGAAUCGUUUGGCAUUGCAGGUGGAGCGGACCCAGCCUUAGCUGUUUGGCUCCUCUAUGUGCCACACACACAAGGCAACAUGCAAGAGAACGUUGUUGGUAUCGCAUCCCAUCAGUUCUUGCUCAGGACUGGAAAGGCAAUCGUGAAGCAUUUGCAGAAUUUAAGCAAGCCGAGCACCAAUCACCUUCCGCAUGAAGCUUCUGCUGAUGCUCGCGAGCUCUAUCGUGAGACGCAGGGGCAUGAUCCUCAAGGCUUCUAUUUGAAGGUAUCUUUGCCAGUCGAGAAGGUGGUGAGUUUUAUUGAAAAGAAAGCUGGAGUCAGCGUGGAACCCAGGAGGCUGAGCUUGGCAAUUGCUCGGUUGGAGUUUUCCUGGCCGUCAUCCAGCUGUUCCAAUGAUGAGAGUGGCUUUACAGACUUCAAGCUCUUGGAUUUCCAUGCAGGUCAGAUGUCAAAUGAAGGCUCUAGCUGUGGUUCACUGGUGGCAACUAGCAUCGAUCAGAAUGGUGAGCUACGACUGCCCUCCAAGGGCAGCCAGGAUCUGUUCCUGUUGGCGGGCAUGUUUGGCAGCAAGUACUCGGACAGCUACGAGGGGGCCCAGGUGAACUUGAAAAUUUCCCAACUGGUCUUUCACGAGAUCCGGGAAGGUGGAGAUGUGGUUGAGUACAGCAUUUGCGGCCGAGGGUCCUUAACCUGGAAGGAUCAGCACUUCUAUUUGGGAUGUCCAGACGAGAACCCUCUGACGAUUGCGCACCCAGAGGGUAGCUUAGGGGACAGUGUGAAGCUAUGUGGUGGCGGGGUUCCAGCAGAGGAUGAUGCAAUCCAGUCAAACUGCUUUGCGGUGCCUGAAUCGAGUGAGAUGUAG